GUUCAUCAAAAUGCCUAUCACCAAGAUCCACGCCCGCUCUGUCUACGAUUCUCGUGGUAACCCCACCGUUGAGGUGGACGUUGUCACUGAGACUGGUCUUCACCGCGCCAUUGUUCCUUCUGGAGCUUCCACUGGUCAGCAUGAGGCUCACGAGCUCCGUGAUGGCGACAAGUCCAAGUGGCUCGGAAAGGGUGUCCUGACUGCCGUUAAGAACGUCAACGAAGUCAUCGCCCCUGCCGUCAUCAAGGAGAACAUCGAUGUUAAGGAGCAGUCCAAGGUUGACGCAUUCCUCAACCAGCUCGACGGAACUGCCAACAAGAAGAACCUUGGUGCCAACGCCAUCCUCGGUGUCAGCUUGGCGAUUGCCAAGGCUGGUGCUGCUGAGAAGGGUGUCCCUCUCUAUGCUCACAUCUCCGACUUGGCUGGAACCAAGAAGCCCUACGUCCUCCCCGUUCCCUUCCAGAACGUCCUGAACGGUGGCUCCCACGCUGGUGGCCGCCUGGCCUUCCAGGAAUUCAUGAUUGUUCCCGACACUGCUUCCUCCUUCUCUGAGGGUCUCCGCCAGGGUGCUGAGGUCUACCACAAGCUCAAGGCUCUGGCCAAGAAGAAGUAUGGCCAGUCUGCCGGUAACGUCGGUGACGAGGGUGGUGUUGCUCCCGAUAUCCAGACCGCAGAGGAGGCUCUUGACCUCAUCACCGAGGCCAUUGAGCAGGCUGGCUACACCGGCAAGAUCCACAUCGCCAUGGAUGUUGCGUCUAGCGAGUUCUACAAGGCCGAGGAGAAGAAGUACGACCUGGACUUCAAGAACCCCGACAGCGACCCCUCCAAGUGGCUCACUUACGAGCAACUUGCCGACCUCUACAAGUCCCUCGCCUCUAAGUACCCCAUCGUCAGUAUCGAGGACCCCUUCGCUGAGGAUGACUGGGAGGCUUGGAGCUACUUCUACAAGACCUCCGACUUCCAGAUCGUUGGUGAUGACUUGACUGUCACCAACCCUCUCCGCAUCAAGAAGGCCAUUGAGCUCAAGUCUUGCAACGCCCUUCUCCUUAAGGUCAACCAGAUCGGUACUCUCACCGAGUCCAUCCAGGCCGCCAAGGACUCCUAUGCCGACAACUGGGGUGUCAUGGUGUCCCACCGCUCCGGUGAGACCGAGGACGUCACCAUUGCCGACAUCUCCGUGGGUCUGCGCUCCGGCCAGAUCAAGACUGGUGCUCCCGCCCGGUCUGAGCGUCUGGCCAAGCUUAACCAGAUCCUCCGCAUUGAGGAGGAGCUUGGAGAGAACGCCAUCUACGCUGGCGAGAAGUUCCGCAACUCCGUCAACCUGUAAAUGCAGCUAUGAAACCAACUUUUGCAAUCGGACGUGCUAUUUCGCGGAUGAUUGGGAUCAGACCCCGAACUGGUAUGGGUCAGGUCUUCGGCACUUGACCUCACUUCUCCUAAACAGCGCCUAAAUUGAGUUGUAUGGGUAACAGGUGGCCAGAAGGAGGGAAACAUUUAUGAUGACGAAUCUAACAGCCAAUUAAAUGAUACAGUGGCCUAAUGAAAAGUUUCUGAAAUCAACCAGGUAGAGCAUCGUAAUUUAUAGUAACUAGAACAACCACUGUCUCUAGUCAUAUUCAAAUCAUAAUGUUGUACUUCGUAAGGCGUACACUGUACUAGCAUGAAG